UUACGGAACCUAGCGGAUUUUUUUUUUUUGGAAUUGAUCAUUUUUUGCUUGACUUGAAAUUUUAACUACAUUGAUUUUGCGCAUUCAAAAUAAAUAAUAUAAUUUAGCUAAAAAUAGGACACAUAUCCUCAACAAUUGGUAAUUCAAUGGUAAAAAGCACGUAAAAAGCACAUUAUCGAAAACGAACGCUAGAGGACACUAGCUAUCGAGCACAAGCACAAAGCACACUGCUCCCAUCCUACAAUAAACAAUACUUGCUUAGGGCUUAGGGCCUUGCUUGUGAGAAAUUGGAGUGGCUAGGCCAUAUAUCAAUAUAGCUGCUGGCCAGUAUGUGCGCUCCGAGCGGUCGCUGCCGACGUGUGUGACGGCGCGCGCCUGACGCGCCGGCCGGCCCCGUGACAUGGGAUGUAUGUCCAGCAAGGCGGACAUCAACGAUCGACACCCAAACAUUUUCCAAGUGGUGAACAUCGAUGACGAGGGCCGUGAGCUGCGGCCGGCCAAGCUGGAGAUCACCGAGCGCGACAUCAUCCUCCACCAGAGAGGUCGGUCCGGCGUGCGGUGGCCGAUCCGCUGUCUGAAGCGCUACGGCUUCACGGAGGGUGUGUUCAGCUUCGAGCUCGGUCGCCGCUGCCCCACCGGUGCCGGCGUCUACGCCUUCAAAUGCGAGCGAGCCGAGGCGCUGUUUCAGCUGCUACAGACGUGCAUCCAGAACCCGUCGUUGGACGAGGGACGGCACACGCCGGCGCACACCGCCGACCCGAGCUUCGUCACCGGCUCCAACGGCGAUGUGGCCGCCCUGCGCGACUGGCGGGGACCCGCCGAUGGCUCCGACCAGGCCGUAUACGUGAACGAGGAGAUUUGGACGGAGGAUGCAGCGGCGGCCGCCCCCGCCCCCGCCCCCGCCAUCGCCCUCGCCCCGGCUGAGCUGGAGCUGCCGCGGCAGCCGCCGGUGCCCGCCCAGCGUAAGACGAAGCCGACACACUCGUACCUGAACACGGUGCCGUGUGACAUCAACACCAACUACCAGCCGGCCGAUCAGGACGACCAGAGGCACCUGUAUGUUAACGUGGUCCCGGAGGCGGCGGCGGCGGCUCAGGCUGUCCCGCUGCACCCGCCGCCGCCCCCGCCCCCGCCAGCCGCCGCCGCCGCCAGUGGCGGUGGAAUGACACCCACCGUGGCGCUGCUGGCUCCCGGCGUCAGUGCCGAGGACGACGAGAGGUGCUAUGUGAACAUUGCCGCGCGCGUCAACUACGCCGUGCUGGACCUGCAGCAGCCGGGCGCCGGGUCGCGCCUCGAGCCGCCGUCGGUCGCCGCGCCCGGACGGCCCUCGCAGGGCUACGCCACCAUCGACUUCGACAAGACGGCGGCACUCUCGAUGGCCGUCAGUCGAGUCGACACAGACGCCGAGCUAGAGUGUCGCCGCAAGACGCGGCACAACUCGACGAUUGCCGAGCCGAAUUUGUCGCGACACAACUCGGUAAUCAGCACGUGAGCCGCGCCGCUAGCAGAGGCGGUGUAGUCCACGGCGGAAUUCGAGCACGCCGGGAGGAAAUUGUCGCACCCACCGAUGGUAUGCAGCCUACAAUGAAACGUGUUCGGUGUGCUUUGUAUGGCUUCUCGGCAUCGGCAGAGGUGAGGAAAUUACCGUACGCGCUGCUGGUGGCCUGGAUACGACAGUUUCCGCCGGUGGUGCUGUUUUUGCCGACCUUGCACGCGCCUCUGCUGGUAGUACGCCGCCGCUGCUGCUGAUGCUGUUGUUGCCGCUCUUGUUACCGCCGCCACCGCUGUGUGUCGAGUGUCGCGGCGGCGUCUGAUCUCCCCCUCCGCGCGGUCUGACACGCGCACACCGGUACCCUAUUUAUUGGCGUGUGGUCAGCGCCGGCCGCUGCUGCCGUGUUGCUGGCCUCCCGCUGGGUGUAGCUGUAGCUCAGUAUGUGCCGCGCGGUCCUCGCGUCCCGGCUACUCUCGGAAAGGCCAGUAUAGUGUAUCGAAGGUCAGUGGCGGCGCACGCUGCCCGGUGACCGCUCACUGCUCAUCUCCAGCUGAACGGCGUGCCGUGCUUGUGUUUUAUGUCGGCUGACAUUGUGGUCUUUUGACCGGUCACUCGUAUGGGGUCAUGUAGUGUAGUGAAUGCGAAUGUUGGUGCCGCGCUUUGGCAGUCAACCCUUCUCGGUCAGUUGCUGAGGUCACCAAUUUUCAAGUAGAUCUGGCACCUAAGGUUUUUCUUGGUUAUCUUCCUUACCUAUCUUGACUGCUUCUCAAGAUUCCCACCGUAUCUCUAGUGUUGAACUUGACAUUGUUUAUCAUCCGCGCUUAUUUAAGUGUGUUCAACGACAAAGGGAAGUGAUGAGCACAUUUUAAUGUGACACUUGAUUGUUUUUUUUAGGAGAUGCUCAGUCACAGAUUGUGAAUCGUGCUGCAUAAUUUUUCAGGUUGGCUUGUAUGUAUGUUUCAGAUAUUUUAUGAUUGUAAGCUCAUCCGUCAACAACCAUUCGGUCAAAAUGUUGCCGGUACUAAGUGAGUACUAAGUGACAGAGCGUUUCUAACCGAAUGGUUGUUGCGCGGUUGCUCUGCCCAGUAUUUGUUUCAUUUUUUAUUUGACGCCAUGUGUGACAUAACGACAGUGGUGCAGUGUGGUGUGCUUAAUGGUGUUAGCAUUGGGCGAUGGAUGUAGAUGUUGCCAUUUAUGCCUGCAAAUGCGCAUUGUUUUUAUUGUGUGCUUGUUUUCAGCAGUGUUGUCGAAUUGUUCGCAGAAACGUCUAUUUAUUGUGCACAACAUAGCGAUGUGAUUCAUUAUGCGCGUGUUCACUUGGCGCGUGUGUGCUACUGAGCUCAAACUGGCAGCCACCGUCCCGUGCGUCGAGAUGCCCGCGCUAUCGUGAACUGAUGUGGGGCCGCGUGGCGGUAAUGGGGUGACCACGGGUCGCCGCUCGCUCCCGUCCGUCUGCUACGGGCAGCGUGGUCAACUCACAGCCGAUCGCUCGCAGCUGUCGUGCCGUGUGCACGGGGUCCCGCCGGCGUGCGUGCCGUGUGCACACUGGCCCCGCCGGCGUGUGUACCGUGUGCACUCUGAGUGCCGAUGGUAUGCGCACGGUGCUGUGUGACAUCCCUGCGUACCUGUGUCGCCCGGCACGCGCCCCGACCCUAUGCCAACGGGUCGUGGCUGUGGCGCGCGGGUUCCGCCCGAUAGACCGGCGGCACGCGGCCGCUGUUCCUCGUCGGUUCUUGCCAAAGGAUGUCCGGCGUUGCCACGCGAACCGCGGUCAUCCUGAACUCGCCGUCUUCCUGAACUGUGUGGCCGCGGCGGCCGCUCGCUGGGCAGCCCGGUCUGCCCGGGAAGCGCUGCGAGUGCUCGCUUCCAGGUUCCUGACGCGCGGGGAGCGGUGUGUUGUCGCAUGUCCCGUGCUCGGCCGGCUUCAGCGGAGCUGGCGACGAGCGAGUUGACGCCCGCAGAUGUGCGCUCAGCCACUCACCGAAUGUCAAGGUGUUGAAACUUGAAAUGACACACGUCCUGGAUCUGAAAUAUUGAGCGAGAAGGAGUGAGAUGAAUGCCAAAGAGUCGUACCCCGGGCUAGGGCGCCUGGUCGCGUCGCUGCUGCUCGAAAUGCUGGUGUUGUUAUCUGUGGUGUGCGUGCGUGCAUUGCUGUUGUUUGGUGCCCUCGUCACGACCUUUUAUUGCAACAUACAAAACUGGGAAGAUCUGA